AUGAAGUACAACCAGCUCCACAUGGGGAUUGAGAUAAACAGUAGGAAUGACACACUGGGGGUUCAAACACAGUCGUGUUCACAGCGCAGGGUUCAGGGAAGGUUGAUCUGCGGCGUGUUUAACACUUCAAAGCUUGGACCUCUCUCCUGCAGGCAGCUGUCUGACCACUCUGUGUUUACUCUGGCGUCGUUCCCGGCACUCACCGUCACACACAUUUCAAAUCCUGUCACCUCUCUUUCAACUUUUCCCCUGAAAUCAGGAAUGGAGCAGCGGGCGGCGAGCCCGAACGUCAGGACGGCAGGACUUAGUGCCAGCACGUUUGUUCUCUGA